AUGGACACCACCAUUGCCUGUUCUGCUGUCCCAGCCAAAGCAGGGAGUUCUAAUGUGCCCCACAAGACCUCGCUGCCCAAGGGCAUCCCAGUCAGCACUGCGAUGAGAGUUUGUGGUGUUGUCCGGAACAAGGCUGGCAGGUUCCAUGUGAACCUGCCAUGGGGCAAGGGGCAGGAGGCUGAGGCUGCCCUGCAUUUCAGUCCCCACCUGGACCAAUCUAUGGUGGCAUUCAACACCCUGGAGCAGGGCACCUGGGGCCGAGAGGAGCGUGGCUCAGGCAUUUCCUUCCAGCAUGAGCAGCCCUUCAAAGUGUUCCUUGUUGCCACUGAAGAAGGGUUCAAGGCGGUGGUCGGCGACUCCAAGUAUCACCACUUCUACUACCAAUUCCUGCCUGGGUGUGUGUGCCUUUUGGAGGUGGGCAGGGACCUGCAGCUAGAGGCCCCAGAGAUCUUCUGA